GAUUGACGUGCUCACCGUCCAAUCGGCGACAGCGUAGAGACGCGCGGCCAACCCUGUGCGGCGGGGGGCGGGGCCGCGGCGGAGGGGGCAGGGCGGGAUGUAUCAUGGAGGAUCAGUAGGCAAACUGUGGCCGUCAGAGGAGAGCAGCCCCCGCUCUGAUCCCCGGGACUUUCUCAAGUGUUUACCGACGCUUUUUAAUCACCUCGCACGGCAGACUUCAACAUGGACAUGAAGAAGAGGAUCACUCUGGAGCUGCGGAGCCGGAACCCGGCGGAGAUUGCAGAGCUGGUGGUCGACAACAGUCGCUCUGCAGAUGGCGAGGUCGAAGGACUGACGGACGAGUUCACGGAGCUCGAGUUCCUCAGUAUGGUCAACGUGGGUCUGAGCUCACUGGCUAAACUGCCGUCGCUGCCCAAACUACGCAAGUUGGAGCUGAGCGACAACAACCUGUCUGGUUCUCUGGAGACUCUGUCAGAGAAAUGUCCCAACCUGACCUACCUCAACCUGAGCGGGAACAAGAUCAAAGAGCUGAGCAACGUGGAGGCGCUGCAAAACCUGAAAAGCCUCCAGAGUCUGGACCUGUUCAACUGUGAGAUCACGUCUCUGGAGGACUACAGGGAGAGUGUGUUCGAGCUGCUGCCUCAGGUCACCUACCUGGACGGCUUCGACCAGGAGGACAAUGAAGCUCCCGACUCCGAGGCCGAGGACGAAGACGAGGAUGGCGAGGAUGGGGCGGGGCCGACCGGCGACUACGACGACGAGGACGAUGAAGAGGAGGAUGAGGACGGCUCAGAGGGAGGAGAGGUGGGGCUGAGCUUUCAGGUGAACCGGGCCGAUCAGGAUGAGGACGAGGAUGAGGAAGACUAUGCAGAGGAGGAGGAGGAGGAAGAGGAUCAGGCGGGCGUUCAGGGACAGAAGAGGAAGAGAGACGUGGACGACGAAGGCGAGGAAGACGACGACGACGACGACGAAGACGACUAGUCAACCCAGCCCAGCGUUGUCCGUGUGUCGUCCUGUCCUGUUUCUGUCCGUCUCAGUCCACCUCCGGACCCGACCUCCGCCAGACAACAACAACAACAAACAACAACAGGGACAGCAACAGCAGCAACAGGAACAGUGUGAUCUCAGAUAGUUCCUUUCAGUUUGCAAUAGAAUAUCACGUCUUUAUUUUUAGAUAAUAUAUAAGAAGAUUUUAUCAGGACUGUACCUGUUGGUUCUCAGCUGAAGACUCCACAUGUUUCCCUUUAAAACCUGGUUCAGGAUGUGUCCGGUAAGUCUGACUCCUCUCCUCUGGUCCUCUGAUCCUGGACUCUGAUCCUGGUCUAAAUGUUCUCUGGACGGCUGAAUCUAAAGGUGAAGUCCUGGUGUGGAUCGACUCCUCAUUAGCAAAGAUGUUUUUAGAGAGCAGGUGAGAGCCAGAACACACCGUACCGGACCAGACCGGGUUUCUGUCUCUCUGUCUCUGUGGUCGUUUCUUCUUCUCCUGCUUGUGUCAGACGACCUCUUCAAGCACAGUACUCGUCCAAAAACAGGUUUAUCUUUACAAACUUCAGGGACUGGACACUCAGAAAACUUUUUAUAGACACUUGUGUUGAGCUGCUGCACUGAGGAGACGAGUCCAGUCCAGACUACAAGACCUUCUCCAAGACCUGUUGGCCCCAGAUCCACUUGUUUAGCUUACUUUUAUGAAGAGUUGAUUUAGCAUCAUAAAAUCCAGAUGUUGGUUUUUGCGUUCACACCUCAAACAGCACGUCAGAGUCCACCUUGAACCGGACUCAGGUCCUCUCUCAGGUGGUCUCAGUCCGGUUUGAUCGACAGUUUUCACACUGACACAAACAAACCGAGCUAAAGAGGAAGUGUUGAUUUAACCUGACUGAAUAGGUGGACUGUGAACGCAGCAUGAGUCUCACCUGAGCAGAAACAAAAAAAAAGCAACGUCAACGACACCUGAACCAGAUGCUGAUGUGAUCCAGUAUCGAGGUUUGUCUGAGUCCAGUUCUCUGCCUGGUCUGAGCUGAACUGGUCUGGUGGGUUGACUUCAGGUGUGACCAGGUUCAGCACCAAAAUGGCCGCCUCUGACACACGACCCUGAUCAGAGGGAGCAGAGUCUGGGUCUCACCUGAGCUGUUUUUCCAUUGGCUCACCUGCAGCUAAAAAACAUCUAAUAAUUCAGGCCAGUAGUGGAUUACUCCAAGAGUAAUCGGAUACUCCCGAAGCUGAGAACAUCCUGGGACUAAACCUCCGAGGUCUGCGCCUCUUGUAGUCUGUGCUGGACUCCGUCCUAAACCUCCACAGCUUUCUGAAAUCAUCAACUCCACCAAAGUCUGCAGCCGUCCUCACGUCUCACAUCAGGACCUCCUCCUCCUCCACCUCCUCCUUUGUUUUUUUUAUUGUUUUACCUUCAUGUGUUUGAGCCUUCAUCAGACCACCACAGACUGUCGUUCAGGAUCAGAACCCAGUUCUUUUCUGCAACCAUAUUAGACUCUGCCGGGAGAGAGAGGAGGAGAGAGCGCCCCCUUCAGGACCUCCACCGCCCAAUCAGGGAUGUCAUGUGUUUCUCUUCAUCCUCAGUCUCUGAACCCGAUCACAUGGACUCUGCUGUCUCUGUCUCAGUCCCUCAGACCUGCCUCAGGUCCUCGUAGGAGAUCAUAUUAAUAUUAUUCCCAGUGUGUGUUUGAUUUAUUGUAGGGGAUCUACAGGGAAGAUUAGGGGGCGGGUGGGAGGAAUUCUUAGUUCUGAUGUGUUUGGUUUUUUUGUCCCAGAUCAGCAGCUGUUCAUGUUUUUAGUUUGAUGUCAAACCGAGCGGCUCGUCCUCAAACUGCCCGUCCCCUCGUGAUGUUCAGACCGCCGCUGUGUCACACCUCAGGCUCCGCCUCCUCACACUUGGAACUAAACCUGAUGUGUGGUGUGUUCAGGUGCUCCUUGUCAGAAACAAAAAAACUAACAACAGGUUGACAAAACUCUUUCACCUGAGACCAGAAUCAGGAUCAGGACCAGGAUCUGGUUCAAGGGUUCAGUUCAUUUUGGUCUCGAUCCAGAGUUUUCCCUCUAACCUCUGUCAGACUUUUUCACUUCCUGCGAUGCGUUCAAUGACACAUCUCAGUUUCUGAGUUUACGAGUUUACCUGAAUGCACCGUCACAUCGACAGGUGGUGCAGUGAAUUAUGGGAUAUCGAGGACUUGAAGGAAACACUGGCUGUGUCUCCCAGAGUCUGGUCCAACCUGUCUGAAGGAGGCGGAGUCAGAUACAGGACUCACCUGUCUCAGGUGUUGCUGCGUCUGCGUCGGUUUUACUUUUUACUUUCUCCUGCUUUACAACAGGAGCAAACCUGACCAGGUCAGAAAGAAAGAAAAUCAAUAAGGAAAUAAAGAAACGAUCACAGCGUCUAAAAACCUUUCAAUAAAUCAGAUUAGUCUCCGGGUGAGUCGGGUUUGUUCGUGACGAAGCAGCAGGUCUCUGUUCAGCUCCGACUUUAAACUGCUGUAAACUUUUAGCUUUUCUCUCAUUUACACUUUUAAAAACAGCAUCAGUUUGAAUACGACGAGUCUGUUUUUACACAGAAAUAUUUUAACUCUCAGACUUUAAUCUGGUUCAGGAUCAGUUUUAAAAAUGAGAUUUUCACAGUUUCAGCAUGUGUUUAUAAAAACAUUUUAAAAUCUUUUCUCGGUCAAAACAACACGCGAUAAAUCAGUCAGGUAAAUUUAACGUCCACAGUCGACCACCUGCUGCUGAAGAUCAUGUGAUCUGAUCAAAAGCUCCAGAACAGACAGUAAAACACAGUUAAACGUAGAAACUGGGUCGUCACAGAGAUCAGACGUUUGGUUUCCUGUCGACGUGAACCUGAAGCAUGUUUCAGGUUUAAAUGAUAAACCUCGUUGGGUUUGAGCGCGUUUGAUUCUGACUCGUUAGUUUUACUGGUGUUGGUCGGUGGAAGCGCUGACCCCUGGUGGUCGGUCGUUAGAUUACACAUCGUAAAUAAAAACAUGAACCAGACAGAAGGACGUGUUUAAGGUGUUGUGUUGUUUUUAAGAGUGUAAGAGGUCAAAGGUCACGUCUGUCAGACCUGCUGGUUUUUAAGGCAAUAUUGUAAAUAGACUCUCAGCUCAGUUUCAGGUUUGUUUUUAUUUUGUUAAAUAAUUUUACAGAUGUUUUUUUGUUUGUUUUUCUGCAGCGAGGUGAUAGUUGACCCACGCCUUUGACCUUUGACCCCAGCUCACUCCUCUGUCAGCUGUUAGUUUCCCGUCAUCGUCCCAUCGUCUGUGGGAGAAAAACUGUGUUUGACUUUUUGUGGUGUAACAAAAACUAUACUGAGGGGUUUUCAAUAAAACACUGAAAAGAUCAAA